GCACAUUUUAGCAGAUUCACCUUCAGUUCAGGUAUAGUUGUGAGUUUAGCUGGCGCAGCGGGUUUAAGUCAGUCUGCUUGGGACGACGCGGAGCGACGACUCAGGACUUUUUACAGCUCAUAGGGAUUUUUUUAAAAACCGCAAUCAUUAUUUGAACCGACCUAAUAAUUCUAACCUGCUUUAUUGAACCUUUUUGGAUUUUUUGAUACAGUUCAAAACAUGUAGCUUUGCGUGCCCCGGCGGUUUCACACACAGCCGGGCGUCGUCCUCUGGGCAGGACGCACACAGCCGGGGCAAAUGUCGGCCGCCGCCGUGCAGUCGACGCUACGGCUGGAGACGUGGCAGAACCCGUGGGCGACGCUGAAUGUAUGCUGUGCAAAAGCAUUCGUACUACGUACAAACCUGUGCCAGUCAUGCAUUACAAAUCUCUACUCCCCUGAAGUAGACAAAUCCGCAUUACAAAUUCCAUUUCAUCAUCUUGUUUUGAGAAAAUUUGAUGUCAUGCGAUUUUUACUACUAGCGCGGCACUUUUGCACAGGAUAGAAGGAGUUUGACACGAAAUCGUUCACCGACGCUCUGGAUGAGGUCACCAACCCGGACACCGGGCUGCGGUUAUCAAAUGUAAAAAUGUCAGGGUCUGGAAGAGUGCAUGUUUGUCAUCCUUGUCUGGCAUGACUCUCAAAUCUGUCAUGCACGUUACCCAAGAGCGCCAUUUUUCUGUCAUGCAGAAACGCAGUUUGUCAUGCAGAAUAGGCAACACCUAGAAGCUCAGAAACUUGUCAUGCUGCGCCAGCACUUGUGGCCUCCUCACGAUACGCUACCCAGCGUCACAAGUUUCCAGACCCAGACACUUUUGCAUUGAUACCGGUAUGUGCCACCCAACCCCGGCCCGGACAUGCUGCGCCAGCUGUAUCCUAUGUGAAAACGUCCCCACCCCAUAGUUGUCAUGCAGAUUCGCAGCCACAGAAAUGCACAUCUCUACGAGAGGCAUCGCAUUUGUAGUCCUGUUCUGUCUGACAUAAUUUGUAACGCUGUAAACAGGAUGAGCAGGCGUCUUUGUGAUGCGGCUGUCCUUGUUAAACAGCAAUACACUACAGACGGAGCAAGCUUGUCAUGCAUAACUCCCAAAGCGAAGGGAUUUGUGUUGCAGACUUACCAACUUGGCUAUUGGGUGGGGACGUUUUUCCUCAGGAUAAGCUGGAAAAGGAACUUUCCGAGAUUAUGCAGGCGCUCGUAUGAACUGCAAAAGUAUCGUACUAGUAUAAACUGCAUUACAAAUUGGCUCAGCAUUACAAAUGUAAUUUGUAAUGCGGAUUUACCUUGAUUACUAGAUUUGUAAUGCAUGACUGCGAUCACUACGAGUGCGAUACUUUUGCAGUGCAUAGCUCGGCGGGUGGCACGAAAUCGACGGCAGCUCGCACUUAUUCAAUGCAAAUAUCGAUCUGCGUCUGGAAUUAUGAAGUUGUGAUGCUGUAACAGCAUCACAAGUUUAUAAUUGUAGUUGAACGUCGGUGGAUGUUCAUGUUGAGGAGAACACAACGACAUCUUUCGAAGGCAGUGAAGCACGACAAGUUCUUUGCAGAGCACUUCAAUACUUAUUUCCAUACGCAUUGCGCAUGAGAAACUGCAUUUUUGUAUGGCAUGAUGUGGCGUGACUUGUCGGUCAUGCAAUAAGUACUGAUUUCACCGGAGUGCAAGGAAGACCAGCAUUACGAGUUCCAACUUCCCAGACCCAGAUCGAUAUUGGCACUCGAUAGCAGUACAUCUACACCUUCGAACCCUGCGCGAAGGCGCUGGACAAAUACCCUAAGCAAAAACGUCCCCGCCCCAGAGUUGUCAUAGUUGUCAUGCAAAUCCCGCAAGUGUAAAAUGUUUUGUCAUGCGCAGCCCCCUGAGAGCCAUUUUCUAUUGCUAUCUGGGAGUAUGUCGCGCUAGAAUCAGGAUACAGUAGUCGAGUUGUCAUGCAGUUGCACUAGCUAAACUAACAGGACCACUACAUUACGAGCCCACAGAACCUGUCAUGCUCGACAGCCAGAACUUGUGGAUUUGUGUAGCACUACAUUCCCCAACAUCUUGACUAUGGGAGCGUUUUUACUUAGGACAACAAGCUGCGCGACAUUAUCCUGCGCUACCCGCUGCAGAAGCGAAGGCAGAUCAUGGGAUUGAUAUGUAGCUUUAUUGCGAUAGACUCAUGAUUCCUUUUUGGUUUUCCGCAUCAUGAUCCUGAAAUUUCUUCACUACAACAAGUAUCUUUAUCAUGAUCAUGGAGGUGCACUACAAUAUUAAAAUGGAUGUACUUAAUCUCUUGUUGCGCCGGCGUCCUUGCACCUCUUUCCUUAUUUCCAUGAAACCAUAUCUACUAGGGUUACUUAUACGAAAUGGAAUAACAUCCUGAAAAAUAAAUUCUAAAGGCGACCUAAAAUUGGUUCCGGACCACCUGUAUCAACUGCAAAUAUGUCUGGGUCUGGAAGUUUGUAAUGCUGCGUUGGGAAUAGUGAAUGGUCUGUAAUGCACAGCCAAGCAUGAGAAAUAUCUGCGCUUCUUUGUGUUGCGUGUUUCGCAUGACAAACUGCGCUUUUGCAUGACAGGCAAAAGGGUCUCUUCUUGGACACGCGUCACAAACUUUUUGGUCAUGUCAGACAAGCAUGACAAAUCUCGCAAUCUUCCAGACCCAGACAUUUUUGCAUUUGAUAACCUGGCGCCGAUUUUGGAAACCAAAUACAACCACGACGUGGCCAUUGUAUCAAAAGGAAAAAUCCCCCCUCCCCAUAUCGAGAUGGAAAUCUGUGAUGCGGGAUUUGUGUACACAAAUCGGAUUUGUCUUGCAGUAGAGGACUGCAAACAGAUACAAGGCCGGAGUAGGGGCGUUUUUGCGGAGGCACUUAGCAAGGCAGGAGAUCCUCCGUAGGCCAUACAGCAUUACAAAUUGCCGGCAGAACGCGGCCAGGCAUUUGGACUUGCCUUCUGGCAAUACAGAGACGAUUGGUGGCCUCAAAUCAGCAUCACAAAUUUUCUGAAGUACUCGCUUUGGUAUGGGGAGGGGGGAUUUUUCUUCACAAUACAUUGCCAAGAGGAUUCUGCGCAUCAUGGUGCUGUUGACCGACCCGAUUGUGAAGCGCGGAUUCGAAAAUGUGGCGCGGACCCUCGAGUACCAACACGAGUGGAACACCGGCGACGAGUACGUGCGGAAUCACCUCGCAAAUUUGCAGUCCAUCAAGGAAGACCUCUGCAAAACCGAACGGAUGAGCGCGGUGUGCGACAUGCUGAUCAAUCACGUGUAUCCUGUGCAAAAGUAUCGUACUCGUAGUAAUUGGAUUUAUGCAUUACAAAUCUCGUUCUCAAGGUAAAACAGCAUGACAAAUUCCAUUUGUCAUGCUGAGCUAAUUUGUAUUGCAAUUACUACUAGUACGAUACUUUUGCAGUUCAUAACGUGGGCGACGGGGUGGAGUUCGGGCACGACCCUAUUGUUAGGAAAAAUCUCCCCUCGUCCCCAUAUCAAAGUGGAAAUCUGUGAUGCGGGACUUGUGUACUUACACCAAGCAGCUGUGUCUUGCGGUACAGGACUGCAGGCAGAGGAAAAGCCUGGUCGCGGAGGACGUUCGAUGGUAGUAGACGCUGAGCAUGACAGACGUCUGCGCCCUGUUGGCGGGGCAGCAGCAUCACAAAUUGCCUGCGUAAUCAUGCGGCGGGAGCUGUGGCAUUGCUCUCUUGCAAGACAGACGCGAUGUGUGGUGGCCACAGGUCAGUAUCGCAAAUUUUCAAUCUUCGGAUCCCUUCGCGAUAGGAGGAGCAGGGGGAGACUUUUCCUUGCAAUAGACCUGCUGCGGGAUUUCGAUGCGGAGGAGCAGGAAAUGCGGGACGAAAUCGAGCAGACGGCGGAAAACGAAAACGACAAGAAGAAGAAGCUGCACUACAUGCAACUUGAGGGAAAAAACCGCGACUUCCCCAUCGUCACGGACUGUUUGUUGCUGUUCCGCAACUUGUAUGAAGUGCAAAACUAUAAUCGUGCUCGUAUUGAUUGCAGUCAUGCAUGCAUUAUGAAGGUAAAUCUGCAGUACAAAUUACUAUAUUUAUAUAUGGAAGAAAACGGGGCUGGAGAGGGUACGGUAGAGGUUUGGUAGAGGUUGUAUAGAGGUAAAAUAGACGGUCGGAGAGGUAGAAUAGAGGGUCGGCCAAAAUGAGAGGGUCGGGGAGAGGUAAAACGAGAGGUAACGGAGAGGGCCGGGAGAGGGUGAGCCGUAUAGAGCCCCUUAAAGCGCGGCUAUACGCGCGCAGAGGUAGGGUAGAGGUUGGGGAGAGGUCAGGUAGAGGGUAGGAGAAGAGGGCGUAGAGGGUCGGAGAGGGUGCGUAGUAUAGGGCGACCCUCUAGGCGACCCUCUACCGCGACCCUCUCCGGGAACCUCUAUUUUACCUCUCGGCGGACCCUCUCGGGACGUCUCCGACCCUCUCCCGGACCCUCUCCGGGACCCUCUCCGACCCUCUCCUGGACCCUCUCUGAACCUCUCCCGGACCCUCUCCGGGACCCUCUCCCGGACCCUCUCGCAGACCACCUCCAGGAGCACAGCCUGCCCACUUGUCUGCGCGUGGCGCCCCCUAAAGAAGCUCGCUAGGGCGCAGCGACCGGCUGGCACUGUUUUCGUUUUCGGAUCAGAGCGGCCGUUCAAAGUGCGUGCGCCGCUCUGCGUCCCCCGGAGGGGGCGCGGCGCCCCGCCUUAACCUGGUCGGCCACCUAGGGUGGCCGCAACUUCUUUCCCACAACGCCCGCGCACGCUGGCAGCAGGUUCGUCACCCUUGUGGCGUCUUGAACGUUGGCGCCCGGAAAUAGUUUCCUGCGCGCAUUUUCCCAUGGCGCGCAGCUACUAAGGCCGGGCAUGGUGCCCGCCCAUGCCGAAACAUGGGCCGGGCUCUUUUUUUUUGGCUGUGUAGCGGCGCGCAGCGAUUCGAUGUUGGCGCCACCUUCCCCACCGGAACACCUCCACCGAACAGCCCCCUCCCCGGCGGCCUUCGCCGGGGGGUGGCUGGUUUCAUUUCUCAUGCUGAGGAAAUUUGUAGUGCAUAAUUCAUACGAGUGCGAUGCUUUUGCAUUGCAUAACUUGGUGGCCAUCCCCGAUCCGAAGCCCGGGGAUCCCGGCUACACGGACAACCGGCGGUAUUUGCAGCUGAAAUUCGUGAAGAUGUACGCGAAACUGGAGUUGAUGCCCCUACUGAACACGUGGGCCGGGGAGGAGUUUCCGAUGGAAAACAACACGCGGAAGCACAGCGACUUGACGUUUCGCGAUAGGUUUGCGCGCUGGGUCAUCUUCGACCUGAUUUACUACAUGAUCACAAAACUCUCCCCGGCGGAGAUCAUCGAAGUCGAGGGGGGGACGAAGCGAGAUUUGCUUGCGGACUACCUGAAAAAGGACAAAGCCAUGCGCGCACAGCACAAAAAAAGUACCCAAAUUUUUCAUGUUUCUAAUGCGCACCAAGAUAAUCGACGGGCCGUAUCACUUCUACACUUGUGUACAACUACUUCUAUGUGCAAGAACUUAGUACCAGGCCUCUUGUCGUAUAGUACUAUGAAUUAUGGAGGGCCAUCUGCAGUAGGCAACUCGCCGUUACGGAGAAUACACCACGAUGAUGUACGACAGGUUCUAUCAAGCCAAGACACGGCGGGUUUGGCGUGUCCACCUCCAUGCGUGAGCACCUCAAGGAUCGCACCCUGCAGCUGGAAAAGGAAGCUUCGACCAAGGCGCGGGUCCCACUGAAAAAGCAGUUUGGCGGUAUGAAGCAAAACACGAAGAUAUCAACAUGAAAAAUGCCCCCACCCCCAAAAGUUGCAAUAAUUUGUGAUGCGAAGUUUCCCAAUGAAAACUUUUUGUCAUGCAUCAAAGGAAUAUGAAUCUAUCUUUGUGAUGCAGAGUCUAGGCGUAUAUAGCAUUGCUUGCAUGGCAAGCGCCGCCCUUGCUGGGAUCUGUUGCAAUACAAAUCUUCGCUAUUCACGAUUGGAAAUCUGUGAUGCUGCUAGAUGCAAGCGGGCGCGUGUUUCUGUUGGAAAGGUUUGCAAUACGAAUGCUCCCAAGUUCGGGGGUGACGGCGUUUUUCAUUGUGAUAGAAGAAGGACAUUGUCACGACGGACGUGUUGUUCCAGGACCUCGCGUAUCAAAUGUAAAAAUGUCUGGGUCUGGAAGAAUUCAUGUUUGUCAUGCUUGUCCGGCAUGAUUCUUAAAUCUGUCAUGCACGUUACCCAAGAGCUCCGCUUUUCUGUGAUGCAGAAGCGCAGUUUGUCAUGCAGAAUAGGCAACACCUAGGAGCUCAGAAACUUGUCAUGCUGAGCCAGCAUUUGUAGCCUCAUCAUGAGACGCCACCCAGCAUCACAGGCUUCCAGACCCAGACAUAUUUGCAUUUGAUAUCGCGCCCGCGGUCGGCGAGCUCGCAGAGCACAACCGGUCGUAUUGUGAGGAAAGAUCCCCUCUCCCCAUAUUGAAAGCGCCUUUUUCUGAAAAUCUGUGAUGCAGAUUUGUGGCCACAAAUCCUGGCUGUCUUGCAUGCAGGCAAACCCAGAGAAUCUGCCGCAUUAUGAGGGCGGUUUGUGAUGCUAUUGGGCCUACACCAUCGACGUUGUUCAUGCUAGGAGGCUACGCCAAAGCCUCUCGGCUCAGGCUUGGCGCAUGCCUGCAGUCCUCUACUGCAAGACAAAUCUGAUGCGUGUACGGAGAUCCAGCAGCAGAGACUUCUGUUUGAUAUGUGGAGGGGGACUUUUCCUUUUGAUAGGUCGGCGCUGAAGUUUUCUGGGAACACGCUCGCCGAGUCCCUCGACCCCUAUCAAAUUCAAAUAUGUCUGGAUGUCUGGAAACUUGUGAUGCUGGCUUGGGAAUAGUGGACACACUGCAAUACGCAGCCAAGCAUGACAAGUUCUUCAGCUGCUGCGUGUUGCGAGUUCUGCAUGGCAAACUGUGCUCUUGCAUGACAGGCAAGGGACUCUCAUCCUGCUCAUGCAUCACAGACUUAGGAGUCAUGAGAGACAAGCAUGACAAACUCUCAUUCUUCCAGAUCCAGACAUGUUUGCAACGCAUAACCCAACGACGCUGGCGACGACGCGCGAGUGGCUGAAUGAGCUAUGCAUCGCAAAUAUGUCUGGAUCUGGAAACUUCUGAUGCAAGGGAGAGAAUAGGGAGCACAGUGUAAUGCGCUCCCCAGCAUGACAAGUUUUUCCGUGGCUCAGAGUUGCGUACUCCGCAUGAGAAGCCGCCUUUUUGCAUGACAGACAGGAUGAACUGUUCGCGGGCACGCAAUACAGAGUUCAGAGUCAUGCCAGACUAGCAUGACAAAUCUCGCAAUCUCCCAGACAUCCAGGGAUAUUUGCGGUUCAUAUGAGCUCAUGGAUUGCCACGACAGCUUCACCGAGCAAGGGCAGAAAGCGGAAGAAGAGGACCACUUUCCGGUGUCGAAGCUGAUGCAGUUCAUGAUUCAGGAGAUUCAGACCGAGAACGCGAAGAUACAGGAGAUGAUGAAAAUCAAUCCGGAAAUGGAACGGCUGGACGAGAACGACAACACGCCCGGAAAAAAUCCGUUUCUCAAUUACCACACCAAGUCCCGCGUGAUGAACUUUGUGGCGUUUUUUCUCGAGUACUACCGCCUGUUCACAAAGGCGGAGCGGAAAAAGAAUAAGCAGUACGACGUAGCACCGCAGGUCAUCCAGGGGCUCGUGGACAUUGACACGCAGCGCUAUUUAUGAACCGCAAAUAUCCCUGGAUGUCUGGACGAAACUUGUGAUGCUGAGUGGCGUAUCAGGAGGAGGCCACAAGUGCUGGCUGAGCAUGACGAGUUUCAGAGCUUCUAGGUGUUGCCUAUGCUACAUGACAAAUUGCGUUUCUGCGUGACAGAACAAUGGGGCAGCUCUUGGGUAACGUGCGUGACAGAUUUAAGAGUCAUGCCACAUAAGCAUGACAAAUAUCGUAUUCUUCCAGACAUCCAGACAUAUUUGCAAUGCAUACUGAUUGGUCGACCAGCUGCAGAAGGAGGGGAAGGAGGUAACCAAUUGUUUGUGUAUAUUACAAGAAAAAGAUAUAAAACGCAGUACGUGCGUGUCUUUCUAGUCGUUUUCGUACCCAUAGCCAUAGUUUCAACCUCCCACCACCGGUUAUAUUCAAUUAAUUUCAACAUGAUACAAAACCAGAACAUGAUUAACCCCGAUCGGCUCAUUCUGGUCCUCCGCGCAUGUCUAUCGAACAGGACAAAAACCCCGGCGGGGCAUAGAAUUAUUUGCAAUGCAGAUUAAUAGAGCAAAAAAAAAACUAAAACCUCCCAUGGACGUCGAGCUCGAGGCAUAUUAGCAUAUUUCGUAGAAGUUUCAGGCAUGCAAGUGCGAUUUUUUUUGUGUAGUUUUUUUGCAUUGCAAAUAGCUUUUACGUUUUUUCUACGUGUAUCCCACGAAAAAACUGUUUCACUGUGAUGGCUUUGCAAGAUCUGCAUCACAAGUUUGUUACACAUGACACAGAAAAUUUGCCAUGCGCGCUUCCAAAGGGAAAAAACGCCUAAAAAUCCAAUGUCUUGCAGGUGUAGCAAGACAAGUCGUUCUGUGCUCCAUUCUAUGCAUCACAAGUUCACAGUGAAACAGUUUUUUCUUGCGAUAACGUGAUACUGACUCGAGCAGAUGCGGAUCAUUGGCGACUGCUGCAAAAUUCGGGACCGGGAAUAUGACCUGCUCAAAUCGGUUACCAUCUCAAAUCGGUUACCAUAGAAUCUGAGAUUUGUCUUGCAUGAUGAACAUGACAGACUCGGACAGCAUUCCACUUUCUGCAAUAUAAAUUUCGCCAGAUGGUAGUGCGGACUGGGACUCCAGAACUUGUCACGCGCAAUACUAUGAGAGUUGGCUAGAAGAUCAUGCACUCUUGCGUCACAGAUUUCCAUAUUCUAUGGUAACCGAUUUGAGAUUGUAACAUCUGAGCGGGUUAUAGGGAAAACCGGGCGCUAGGCUACGUGUUGGUGGAGAAUUUGAUCGGGCGCAACAUUGCGCAGCGGCUGAUUGAGGUCAUCAAGCUCUACAAGCCGAUGACGCACGAGGCCCGGGUGCUGUCCUAUUCCAUCGAGGCGUUGCACUACUGCUUGCUCCUGAUGGAGUACCGGAAGAAAAAAACUGCCUCAGGCUCAACUUGUAAUGCAGAACUUCCGUGACGAGACAGUGUUUUCCCUUGCAUAUGAAGACGCAUCACAGAUUUUUCUCAUGCUAAGAGCAUUUUUUUGUCAUGCUGAAUAAACUGCAGCAAAAGUCAAGCGUUGAAGAAAUGAGACAGUUUUUUCGUACGAUAGGGAGGAGGUCACCGAUAAGGACACCAAGGAACCCAAGGUUUUUAUGGUGAUCAAGUACGGGAAUGUGCAGACCGAGAUGAAAAUCACGGAUUACACUAAAGCGCUGUGCGACUGGACCAUCAUCCAGAACCUGUUGACCAUGCUGGAGCGGUACCACCACACCAACGAGAUGCAGCUGUACUUCACCUGUAAAAUGCUGCGCAGGAUCAUCUCCGCGCACCCGAGUAACAUCGCGCUUUUUUUCAACCUGCGGUUCUUUGCCCGGAUGGAGAAGAUCAUAAAGUCGGACUUCGUGGUGGAGCGGCCGGAAAUGUUUCGCGACCUCCACCACCUGUUCAAGUUGAUACUGCACGAUAUGGGAGUGUCAGGAUCAAAAUCGUCAGAGUUGAAAUAAUUUGUGAUGCAUAAAAACGGAUACCAGUUGGCGCCUAGUUUUCAAGUGGCGCAUGACAAAUCUGGGCAGAGCUGAAAUCCAGUUUGUAACGCUGUUUGGUUAAGGAAGACGCCUUUUUUCAUGCUACUUCAGCAGCUCAAUUUCUACCCCUCAACAGGCUCACAGUCUGCAUCCAUUGCGUCCUCUGCAAUAGAGGCAAUUUUUGCGUUGCAUUUUAUGCAUCACAAACUAUUUCAACUUUCACGAAUUCGAUCCUGACGCUUCCAUACACGAGUUCCUAAAAUGCUACAAGGACAACAAACUCGCGAUCACCGAACUGCUGCUGAACCUGACCACGGGCCGCGAUGAGCUCAUAUCAAAUGUAAAAGUGUCUGGCUCUGGAAGAAUUGGAACUUGUGAUGCUAACUUUGGUCUCUGAAGAAAUCUGUACUGCAUGACCAGCAAGAGGAGUCUAGUUUGUGCUUCGCGGGGAGGGCGUUCGUCAUGCGGGGUAGGCAUCAGGAAGCCCUCUAAAAAUCUGUGAUGCUAGGUCGUGCAUUCAAGACAUCCUGGGUCAUGCAAAACAUGCAUGACAAGUCUCAGAAUCUUCCAGACCCAGACAUUUUUACAUUUGAUAGCUCACGGGGAGCUACGAAAACUGGGACGGGAUUCUGAAAAACUACGAGACCGCGGUGAUGAAGAAAAAGAUGGAGGACAUGGUGAUCAACAAAAAGACGUACGACGAAAUGAAGGCCGAACUGAAACAGGCGAAGUUAGAUUUGAAGCACAAUGAGCGAAAGUGGACGGAGGAGGAGGAGAAGGAGCUGAAGGAAAAGUAUUUGAAAUACAAGGACACGUCGAUGACGCAGCAGCAGUAUGAAUUGCAAAAGUAUCGUACUCGUAUAAAUGCAUUACAAAUUUCCUCAGCGUGAGAAAUAAAAUUUGCAAUGCAGAUCUGCCGUGGGAACAAGAUUUGUAAUGCAAGACUUGCAUUUAUACGAGUACGAUAGUUUUGCACAGGAUAAGCAGCUUCUCCACUCCAUCUACGGGGACAUGGACGUGGAAUAUCCUAUGUAAAAACAUGCCCACACCAGAGUCAAGAUGGGAAAUCUGCUAGACAAAUCAACCAGCUUUAGUUGUUUCGCAUGACAAAGAAAUUUGGCCCCGUAGUGUAGUCCUGUUUAGCUAGGAUCACAAAUCUAGCAUAUCGCGCUGAUUUGAGCAUCGCAAACUCCAAAACACGAAGGGCAAUAGCUUCGCAUGGGGCUCCGGAUCAGAAACAUUUUUGUCAUGCAGAUUUGCAUGACACAGACACUCUGGGGUGGGGAUGCUUUUACUCAGAAUAUGGAAGAGCUGAGCAUCACGAAAAAGGACAUCCGCCUGCGGCUGAUCGUAUGCAUUGCAAAAAUGUCUGGGUCUGGAAGAAUUAGUGUUUGUCAUGCUUGUCUGGCAUGACUCUUAAAUCUGUCAUGCACGUUACCCAAGAGCUGCGUUUUCCUGUGAUGCAGAAGUGCAGUUUGUCAUGCAGAAUAGGCAACAGGUAGGAGCUCAGAAACUUGUCAUGCUGCGCCAGCAUUUGUAGCCUCAUCAUGAGACGCUACCCAGCAUCACAAGUUCCCAGACCCAGACAUUUUUACAUUUGAUAGAUCGGGUUGAACUUGAUCGAUCCACCGAAAAAGCUCACGAUUGAAGAUCUAGCGGAAAAUAUGCAAGAAAAAAACUGUGUAAGUGUAAAUUUGUGUUGCAGAACAUGCAGCAGAGAUACACCUGUCAUGCCGGACAACCAUGCGGCCCUCGUUUCAUGUGUGUUUUCCCUUACAAGCCACGCAUGACAGAUUUUCUCUGUCAUGCAGAGCAAAUUUGUAAUGCCAUUCCUUCAAGAAAGUUACACUAACACAGUUUUUUUCUUGGAUAGAAAAAUGCGCGAGGUUUUAUUGGGAGCAAAAAUCCCUCCUCCCCAUAUUGAACACGCAUGUUUCCGAAAAUUUGUGUUGCUGAGUUGAGGUCACAAAUCACAUUUGUCUUGCAGGAAGGCGCAGCCAGGCUGUCCGCCACGUUACGCAGGCGGUUUGUAUUGCUGUAAGGCCUACAGGGUAGCCGUCUGCCAUCGACUAGGCGCCUACAUCAAAAGACCGCUGCCUUAGGCUUCCGGCCUGCGUUUAGUUCUCUACUGGAACACAAUUCCGAUUUGUGUACCCAAAGCCAGCAUCACUAAUUUCGUUUUGAUAUGGGGACGGGGGAUUUUUCCUGACAAUAGGUUUUUCUUCGGAACCACGGCGACGAUACGCGGGGUGAACAGUAGCCAGUCGAAUAUGUAUUGCAAAUAUGUCUGGGUCUGGAAACUUGUGAUGCAAGUCAGUGAACAAGAAUAGCUGAACUGUAAUGCGCAGCCAAGCAUGACAACAUUUUUCGUGCUUCUGUGCUGCGUAUUCCGCAUAAGAAGCAACUGCGUUUUUGCCUGACAGCCGACAGAGAGGCUGUUUCGAUGGACCUACACAAUACAGAGUGCAGAGUCGUGCCCGACUAGCAUGACGAAUCAGAUGCAAACUUCCAGACCCAGACAUUUUUGCACAGGAUAUCGAACAAAAAGGCGCAAUUCGAGUACCGGUGGCGCAUGCUGGAGAAAAUUCGGAAGAAGCUGAAGGAAGUGACACAGUUACAGACGCCGAUAACGUUCGACCAGGACUUUGCGAUGCAGGAGCCGGGCUUCCGAAACAGCUUCAUCGACGUAUAGCUUCACUCGAUUGCUCAUCUCGAUUUCUUGUGAUGCAGAGAACUUGAAAUGUUGCCUACGAUUUUCUUCUACAGCUCUGCCUCUGUUGUGAAUAGCAUGACAACAAAAUGAUCCUGCGCUGGCAGCGGGUACAAAAAUGCUACUUCUUCAUCGUGAUUAUAGAUUCACUCUGAUGUAGUCCUCUCUUCAUCUGAUGAUGUCUCCCACAGAUUCUCAAGUGCCUGAACGCUUCCCGCGUCACUGCGGGAAAGAUAUGAAAUGCAAACAUGUCUGGGUCUGGAAGAAUGCAGGAGUUUGUCAUGCAGAUUUUGCAUGACCCGUGAGGUCUGUGAUGCAUGCCCUAGCAUCAGAGAUUCUGCGAGGGCUUUCUAAUGCUCAAACCGCAUGAGAAAUGCCCUCCACGCGUAGCACAAAUUGAACCUCUUUUGCUGUUCAUGGAAUACAGAUUUUAUGUAGAAUCCAAAGGUAGCAGGACAAGUUGCCAUCUUCCAGACUCAGACAUAUUUGCAAUGCAUAAAAGAACAAGAAAAGCAACACGGCGGCGGUGGAAACGCAAGUGUAUCAAGUGCAAUUAUGUCUGGGUCUGGAAAAGUGCCAGACUUGUAAUGCAGAUUGCCAUGAGCCAUGACGUCUGGAAUGCAGGAACUAGUAUGACAAAUUCUACUGUGAGAUCUCUAUCAUGCCUGUCCUGCAUGAGAAACUCCCUCUCAAUUUGGUCAAAAGUGGCCGACGUUUUUUGGUAAUCAUGUAACACAGAUUUUUGCAGAAUGCAGACCUAGCAUGACAAGUUACACACUUCUUCCAGAUCCAGACAUAUUUGCAAUGCAUAAAGUGCAACUGGACACGAUGCAGGUGGAAGAUGACCUCCUGGAAGAUUCCACCAUCACGUUCAAGCUUCCGUUCAAAAAUUUGGAGGAAGCAAAAAAAAAUUUGCGGGAGCUCAACAAGCUGUUAACGUACGACGAGAAGGGGCUCCAGGGCUUCGCGGAUGAGAAGAUGGCGAAGAAGAUAAAGCAACAGGAGGAGCAGGAACAGAAGGGCAACAAGGCGAAGAUGAAAAGGAAGCGAAAGCUAUCCUAGGUAAAAACGUCCCCACACCAUAGUCAAGAAGGCAGGUUUGCAACAAAAAUCCCCAAGUUUUGGGAGUUCUGCAAGAGGACAAGUUGCCAUUUGCAGCGUAGUGCUGGCUAGCAAGGAAAGACGCAUGCAAAAGCCAUUUACUCAUUCUGUUUAUUGCAUUACAAAUGCCAAAACACUACUGGAAAUGCCUCUCAUGGAGAUACGCACUACAGAUGCUCCUGCGAUUGCGCAUUUGCAUGACAGCUCUGGGGUGGGGACGUUUUUACACAGGAUAAAAACCGCAGCGGGAAGAAUUCGAUGA